UUCACUACAGCGCAUAGUAGCCUACAGACUAGGGACAACUCUACAGUUCAGAGCACCUAGCAUGUGUGAACGUGUUUUAUGUGUGUGUGUGUCUGUAUGUUUGUGUGCUCACUUUAUCUUCAAGUGUCUCCCGCAAACAAAAUUAAAGGAUUUUGUUCGAUAAAGCCUCAGCAUCCCCUGAAGUCGCAUUUCAACAUCAGAACACCUGAGAUCUGAUGCUUCCCGCCAUCACCAUGGAAACGGAGGCCAGUCACAUGCUGGAGGCGGCACUGGAGCAGAUGGAUGACAUCAUCGCAGGUUCGAAAGCAGCAGCGGUGGAGUUUUCUAACAGCAUGUAUGACCGGAGUUCUCCCAUCAGCGCUGGUCCUCUGCAGGUCGUUCAGUUAGCUGAGGACCUCAAACUUGCCUUGGAGCUCCAACCCAACCAGGAUGAGAGAGAAAGUCUCAGAGCACAAUUACCUACAGAAACAGCACAUAUUCUCAUAGACUGGCUACAGAGUGGAACUGUAAACCUGUGUGUUCCAGCCAACAAUGAAACCUACCAAGAACGACUGCUCCGCCUAGAAGGAGACAAGGAGUCUCUGGUGCUACAGGUGAGCAUUCUGACCGACCAGGUGGAGGCCCAGGGAGAGAAGAUCAGAGACCUACAGAGUUCUCUGGAGGAACACCGGCAGAAACUAGCCUCUACAGAGGAGAUGCUGCAACAGGAGCUGAUGAGCAGGACCUCUCUGGAGACUCAGAAGCUGGAUCUGAUGGACGAGGUGUCCUACCUUAAACUGAAGCUGGUCAGCAUGGAAGAGCCACACACCAACACAAACCCACAAAAUCCCGUGAACACAGAGCAGAACAAAGCCGAGUGUGUGGUAAAUCUCAUCAGUGAGCUUCAGGAGCAGAUGUGCAGGUUUCAGGAGGAGAUCAGCACUCGUAUCCAGGAAAAACGUGCUCUGGAGGAAAGGGAGGCCCAGCAGGGGGAGCCUGGACGCAGCCAAACCCCGGGCCACAGCCCUCAGGUUGGGUUAGGCAGCUCAGACCUGGGCCCGUCUGGCUCUGACGCCCGGAUGCACAAUGGAGGACAGACUGUACAUGAUUUGCUGCAAGAAAUGAAGCAUCUGAAGAGCAAAGUGGAGGAGCUGGAGGGAGAGAAGGGCCAGUAUGAGAGGAAACUAAGAGCCACCAAGCUCUCUAUCUCUUACUCUCUCCAUGUGUGUUACCAGUCGCUCAUGACCCAGCUGUCCAGCCUCAAGCUGACUGUGGAGCACACACAGCUGGAGAAGCAGCACUGGGAGGAGCGCUGGCGAAGCACACAGGCAGAAAUAUCAGAGCUGCAGCAGCUCCUGGCCUCCAAAGACACUGAGAUCGAAUGCCUGCAGACCCAGCUGCUGGCCAGAGGCGGCACAGCCAAUGACAACACAGAGAGAGAGGAGCUGUAUAUCAAGCAGCUGAUUAACAAAUACCAUGAAUACCAGAGGCUGAAGGUGGGGAUGGAGUCUUUGUUAGCUUCAAAUGAUGAAAAGGAUCGGCGUAUAGAGGAGCUGACAAUUCUGCUUGGCCAGUACAGAAAGAUGAGGGAAGUCAUGGCACUCACACAGGGGAGUAGUGAAGAGGAGCUGAGUGGCACUUUAAGACUCAGAGCCAUCACGCACAAAGCACAAUCUGAUAUUGUCAGGUCAGAGAUGUCAUCAAGAGGGUCUUCUCCGCUUAUGCUACUUGCAUCUUCUUACCAGAGAGAAUUGGACUCCAGGUAUAAACACUCAAAAUACUUGCACACACACAUCUCACAACUUACUAUUAAUCUUACCCCUUUGUGUGCCGUUUGUUGUAGUAUCCACAACUCUAUGGACACAUCACUGGUGUCCACUGGGGAUACAAGCUUCUUUAAUGGAUCAUGGCAUCAGCACAGGUUGUUGUCCAGUAGUCUUGAAGAGUUGCAGAGUGGAUCCUUACAAAAGGCUGUAGAGAUCCAGCCAAUUGAAACUGAAUCAGACACAAGGGCAGAGAAUUCUCACAUGGAGCUGAGCAAGUACCAGACUUUGCCGGGGAAACUAAAAAGUAAAAAGAGCGAGGCGAUGGCCGAGCUGAAUGGCCACAGACAGAGAGAUGGAGAGAGUUUAUCUCCUGUCCAGCUCUCUCCUGUCCACAGCCACGACCAGGACUACACUCUCAUUCGCUGCAGGAGUGCCAGUGCUCCGGCUUUAGGAUCCCCUGGAAAACAUGACCUCUAUAAUGUUGGGCAUCCAGAGAAGCUAGAGGAGUGUGUUCUGUCAGACCAGUCCCCCCUGUCAUCUGGAGUGGACUCUGGACAGCAGUCCCCUGUCUCACCAGAGAACAGGAAGAGUCAAAGAGGCAUUAAGAAACUCUGGGGGAAGAUCCGUCGCAGCCAGUCAGGCAGUCCUGCCCAGGUUCACUACCCUGAGCUGGUAGAGUUCAAGAGGGGAGGUUUCAGAGCUACAGCUGGACCAAGAUUGGCCUGUUCAGGGACCACACGAGACCUGAAGAUGCCUUUUUGUAAAUGGAGCACGGAGCAGGUGUGUGACUGGCUUGAGGAAAUUGGACUUGGUCAGUACAGCAUUCUCGCUUGCCAAUGGGUCACCAGCGGUGAUACUCUACUAUCGGCCACCCAGCAAGACCUAGAGAAGGAGCUGGCGAUGAAGAAUCCGCUUCACAGGAAGAAGCUCCUAUUAGCCAUCAAGACGUUCAGCAGCAAGCAGUCUGAGAAGUCUGCAGAGCUGGAUUACACCUGGGUCACUCGUUGGCUUGAUGACAUUGGACUUCCUCAAUACAAAGACCAAUUUAAUGAAGGAAGAGUGGAUGGGCAGAUGCUGAAAUACCUCACCGUGAAUGACCUGUUAUUUCUUAAAGUGAGCAGCCAGCUGCAUCACCUCAGCAUCAAGUGCGCCAUUCAUGUUCUCCAUGUCAACAAGUUUAACUCCCACUGCCUCAAACGCAGGCCCGGCAAUGAGAACCACUUCAGUCCCAGUGACGUGGUCCAGUGGUCCAACCACCGAGUCAUGGAGUGGCUGAGAUCUGUGGAUCUGGCAGAGUAUGCACCAAACCUGAGGGGCAGCGGAGUGCACGGAGGGCUGGUAAUGCUGGAACCUCGGUUUAACUCAGACACGCUUGCCAUGCUGCUGAACAUCCCUACUCAGAAAACACUGCUGAGACGCCACCUAACCAGCAACUUCAACAGCCUGGUGGGAGCACAAGCUCAUCAGGAGAAGAAGGAGUACACUGAAGCCGUGGGGUACACCCCACUCAGCAUCACAGCUAAAGUCAAGCCAAAGAAGUUGGGCUUCUCUAACUUGACUCACCUCAGGAGGAGGCGGCCGGAUGAAUCCACAGACUACGUCUGUCCAAUCGAGUCAACCUCACCUCAGUCAGGAGGACAGUCUGCAGUGAAUGGGGUGCAGGUGCGGCCCUACGCCGGCUUCAGAGGCCUGAGCCCAAUCCUGGACAGGGAGCCCGACCGCCCCAGGGACCAGGUGGGGCUCGACGACAGUAGAGCUGACCCAUCUCCAUGACAACAGCUGUGACAACAACAUGGCAAAACUGUGUCAACUUGCUUUCUAUCAACCAAUUUCUACUGCUACCACUCUGCUUACUUUGCUUGCGGCCCAUAAUACCUCAGCCCAUCCCCUCCCUGCUCCUCUAAACCCCACCCAUCAGCCCGACCCUGUGCCUUACGAGGGAAGAGAUUCAGAGACGCCCAGAUAAACCUGCCUGACUGUUUAACAGCCACAACUGCUUGUCAUGAAGGGUGUACUGAGACGAUGAAUCUACACACCUGAAGUAUUUUGAUUUCAUUUCCAGUCAGAUGCUUUACUAACCCGACCCCCGCCUCAAACCUGUUCCAUGAUCUAACUCAUCAUGAGAGAACACAGCAUCUCUAUGGACUCCACUUCCUGUGACAUCACUUCCUGUAAUCCAUACAGAAUAUAUGGCUAUCUCUUGUUGUAUAGUAUUAAGCCAUUGCUCUAACAUUUGUGCACCCCCAUAAGAUAAUUUUAUAUGUGUGUGUGAACCUGUCAUUCAUUCAUUAUUUACAAUUUUGAUUUUACAGUUUAUUACAGUUCUGUCAUGUAGUUGAGAUGAACUUGUGCAAUAUUUGCAUAAUAUUAUGGAGGGCUUCUAUUUAAUAUUUAUGUAAUUGCAGAGCAAAAUAUAAAAUAGCAUGUUUAGUUUGAACCUGAGGUGGUGAUUUUGUAUUGUUAUUUUCAUAUUUGCUGUAAUAGUAUUUUUAUAGAAGAAAAUCCUGCUCCGCUAAAGGAAGCUUACAUGUGGUCAUGUAAAUGUAAAAAGAUUUAUCAAAUCAUUUAAUAAAACAAAAUUAUACGUGUGUAAA